AUGGGCGGGACUUGUCAAGCCGGUGCGUUGAGUUGUGAUACGCCAUUUUGCAGUGACAGCGGUGCGAUAAAACAGUGGAGACAGAAAGCUCGAGAAGUCCCUGUUCAGAGUGUAAAGCAUGGGGAAUAUCUUUGCGACCCUGUUUAAGGGUUUGUUUGGGAAGAAGGAGAUGAGAAUUCUUAUGGUCGGUCUUGAUGCCGCCGGUAAAACCACCAUCCUGUACAAACUCAAGCUGGGAGAAAUAGUCACCACCAUUCCCACUAUCGGUUUUAACGUAGAGACGGUAGAGUAUAAGAAUAUCAGUUUCACAGUUUGGGAUGUCGGUGGCCAGGACAAAAUCAGACCACUUUGGAGGCACUACUUCCAGAACACUCAAGGUCUGAUCUUCGUAGUGGAUAGUAAUGACAGGGAACGAGUUAAUGAAGCCAGAGAGGAGUUGACGAGAAUGUUAGCAGAAGACGAGUUGCGUGAUGCUGUGCUUCUCGUUUUUGCAAACAAACAGGACCUUCCCAAUGCCAUGAACGCUGCUGAGAUCACAGAUAAACUGGGCCUUCACGCCCUUCGUCAUCGUAACUGGUACAUCCAGGCCACCUGCGCCACCAGCGGAGACGGGCUCUACGAGGGGCUGGACUGGCUCUCCAAUCAGCUGAAAAAUCAGAAAUGAGCUCAUCUACAGCCUCCAAAUCUGUGUGUGUGUUGUUGUAUGAAUGGGUAGGUGUGCGUGAUUUGUACGAGAGAGCCAUACAAACACACACUGCUAAAGUACUGACCCAGACUUUGACUGAACUCGGUAUCCCAUGUUCCCCUCUUUCGUUUGGGUUUGGGCAUUGCUGAUUCAGACUGUGUUUGUGUGUGUGUGUGUGUGUGUGUGCGCGCGUAUGUGUGCAUAGUUUAUCUUUAUUAUGCAUGUUGUUCAUGUGUGUAUGAAGGCUUUAUUGUCUGUUUGCUUGGUUUGGGAAUGACCCUGGCGUGCCUUUUAUACACACACACAUCUCCUCUUAUCGUUCCACCUCACAAACCGUAAUACGUCUCUCAUUGUUUUUGCUCCAUACUGCACCACGUGUGGUUUUCACAUGGCGAAGAAAGAACCAAGGUUGUCAUAAUGCACCUGCAAUAACUUAGUAUUCCAGCAUUACUGGCCUGCUGAAUAUACAACCUGUCUACUUUAGAUAUAGCGUUUUAAAUUGAGACUAAAAACCUGCCCUUUAUCUUUAGGAAAAAUUGUGGUGUAACCUGUAUCAGGUCAGGAUAGCUUCACCAUCCUUGAUCGUUCUUUUCAGUCAUUUGAAAAUCAAGCUGUUUUAUUUUCGGCUCUUCAGCUCCAUUUUGGUGAAUGUGGGUAGUGGAGUCGUGGGCCGAUCUGGUUUCCUGCUGUACACUACCUGUUUCUGGCCGCCACACAGACCCCAAGCACAAUCACAGACUGCUGAACAUUCCCCUUCCACCAAAUUGUUGGAUUUGAUUUGAAUUAAAACAAAACAUCAUAUAUUACAA